AGUAAAAGUCAUUUUUAUAUCGACUUCGUCAGCGUGCACAGCCUAAUGGUUUUAAGUUUUUUUUAAGCGGGGAGUAUUCCAAAAUAAAGAAAAGUAAAGGCGUUUGAUUUCCAAUAGAAGGAUGAAAACAUCAAUAAAACGGAAGGCGAAAGGCGAAGCAGUAUUCGAUAGCCCACAGGAAAGCGAAGAUGAACCGGACUUUACUAAACGCUGUAAUGAACCAUCAAACGACGCAGAGGACUGUGAUGAUGAUCAACGUAUUCUGCCUAUGGUCGCAAACGAGUCCCAGAAAGGUAAGAAAUCCCGUAGGAAAAUGGACAAACAUGCGGUCAUGAGUGGUAUCCCUCAAUGCAAAAAGUAUCGACCUGAAGAUCUCUACCCGAUGAAAAAACCUGAUGAAUCCUUUUCGCUCAGUGCAUACCAUCCGGUAUAUGUCGGAAAUUUUAAAGUCAUUGCCUGGGAUAAGAAAGUGUGGUACGAGCAGAUUUCUAGUUACUUUGCUUACAAAGGGUUGUUAACAAGAAUGGUCUACUUCCACCAGAAUAAGAACGAUUCGUUUACAAAGUUUCAGGAAGUCAAUCGUUUGAUAGACAUGCUCGUUUAUUUUACUACGGAAUUAGAUGCGCUACAGGCAAUUAAACUUUGUCAUAGAGAUGUAUACUACGGGCACAAAUUAAACGUUCUUCCUGGACGGAAGCCGCAAUGUUUCGAUACUCGUGUAACCGUGAGAUUUUUAUUGCCUUCCGAUGAAAUGCACAAUAAAACGGAAUCGAUUGUUGAGGAGGAAUUAGGGGGAAAUGUGAGUCAUAUUAUGCAGGAUUCCGUCCGACGAACGUUGGUUCAAUUUGUUAACAAGAAAGCAAUGUUAAAGGCUAUAUCUACGCAGUCUUUGUACAUUCCGAUCAGAGCACAUAAGAAAACUAAGAGACAGCGAUUCCUAGAAGAGGACGCGGAACAGCGUAUCGAGUGGGCCAUAAAGACGUAUCCUUCGUUUAUGGAAAUGAAGCCCGGGCCAAGUAUACUUCAAGCCCUGUACGAUGGGACACAACCCCCAGUAGACACAUCAUGGAUGAAUCAUGAUAAACCCCUUGUGGAAGAAUUCGAUUUAUAUAAACAACAGCAGCAAAGGCGCGAAAUGCAUGGAGAGAACAGCCUAAGCGGACCGAACUCGAAAAUAGUAAAUACGGAAAAGACAUCGGCCAAGCAAAAGGAAGUGGCACGUGGAAUUGAUACGUUUCUCCGUGAAGACAAGGAAUUUUUGAAAAACUUACGAGCACACAAACUGGCCAAAAAGGCAUCUUUCGCAAAAGCUGCCCACCGUGAUAAACACACCGCAAUGAACAAACGACAAAAGAUGAAACAAAACAUUACAAUGAAGAAAAAAGGCAAAAACUUCCACCCGUAAUAUUUUCACCACAGAACAGACAUCUCUGAACAAGUAAGCGUAUGAUACUUGUGUAAACAUUUGACUCCAGUCAAAUACCGGUUAAAACACUAAUGCCAGCAUAUCCCAACUCAUUCCGGAACCAGUUCGUAAUACUGACUGGAUUCUAUUGGCUCAAAUGCAACAAUCGAUUCUGGCACAAUCGGUUUCGGAAUCGGGUUUUACAGUUGAGUUGAAAUUCAAUCCAGCACUCCGAAUGGUUUGACCGGGGAACCCGGAUCAGCUGACAAUUCAGUCGAACUCAUCUAUUAAUCGAUACCAAAUAUCCUUGAAUGUGCCGGUAAUUUUUACGCAACUUUUACGCUCGAGAUGGAUGUCAUUCUCUGUGAAGCAAUCAUGUUUUCAAUUUCCUUGAAUAUUAAUACGAAUGUCUUGCUCUUUUGAAUUGAGGUUUUUGAAUGUAACAAUAAAGAUUUACUGCAGAACUGCA